CCUACUGUACAAUAUUCAGCACUGAAAAUUUGCUUUCUAGAAUUGCAUUUUAACUUCUGUAAUGAAUGAGGGUAUAAACGGCUGCUAAAUUUUCUCAUUGAUAUUUUAUCGCUUGAUUAUCUUUUGAUCUCUUAUGAAUUUAAGUUAGACCUUUAUCGUUUUCUUUAGUCUUUUCACUUCGCGUACUGUGUCCAGCUGACUGACUUGCAGCGUCAAUUCAUUUUGUUGACCAUCUUGAGGCUUCGAGAAGAACGCCUGCGUGUUCAUGUGAGUCGUGGCUACUCUACGAAGUCUUGGUUAUUAAUGCGGUAUUGAUGUCUGGUCGGAGCUCAAGUGAUGAUGGGCAUUUGAGUGCUUCAGGAAGUGCUCGCUCUCCAAGCCAAAACUCUUCCGCCAGCAGCUCUCCUGACGCCCCCAAACCCAGCCCAGCACCAGCAGCCAGCAGCUCAUCUGCCACCUCAUCAAGACCUACAGAACUACCUGGAUCAGCAGCUCCUACAACCAAAGAAAGAGCAUCAAAUAUUAAAAUGUCAAAGGCUCUUAGUACAAGUGCUAGAAGAAUUCAGAAGGAGUUGGCUGAAAUAACUCUAGACCCUCCUCCAAACUGUAGUGCAGGACCCAAAGGAGACAAUCUCUAUGAAUGGGUGUCCACCAUCUUAGGUCCUCCAGGUUCAGUCUAUGAAGGAGGAGUGUUUUUCUUAGAUAUUCACUUUACUCCCGAGUAUCCUUUCAAGCCUCCAAAGGUAACGUUCAGGACUCGCAUAUAUCAUUGCAAUAUCAACUCACAAGGAGUUAUUUGUCUGGACAUCCUAAAAGACAACUGGUCACCAGCUCUCACCAUUUCCAAAAUAUUGCUCUCCAUUUGCUCACUGCUAACUGAUUGUAAUCCAGGCGAUCCAUUGGUGGGCAGCAUCGCUACCCAGUUUCUUCAGAACCACGACGAGCACGACAGGAUUGCCCGGCUGUGGACCAAGCGCUACGCCACGUGAUCAAUUAACAUCUUGCACUUAGUUUACUAUUUGCCAAUAUUCCAUAACUCCUAAAAAGUUGGAUUUGGUGGCAAAAUACUUUUAAAUCUCGAUGGUUUAUUUUGUUUUUAGUUUGUGUGAUGCAUAGUCCGCUACUUCAUAUCAUGGUAGUACGUCUUUAAUAAAAGAAAUCUGCGCAUAGUUUUAGGUCUUAGGAAAGCCUCCAUCUAAAUAUAACGAUCCGAUCACUUCAGCCUUUAAAUUUUCUUAUUUAAGUUAUUUUGUAUUAUUUUUAACACGUAUUGAACAAUCUUCUACACUUCAAAGGUCCGUAUUUCAAAAAAUCUUCUACCUACCUGAUGGGUAUUGAUCGGGUAUUAAAUUUAGUACUGAAAGCCGGCGCCCAAUUUGGUUCCAAUAUUUCAAGCCAUUAUGCAUUACAUUGUCUAAAUCAAUCAGACGUCAUAUCCACGGUAUCUGGUCAAAUUCGCUUCAAUAAUCUAUGUCUUAUGUUUUGCUGAUUGAUGUAGUAAUCGUAAAGUAUUUAACAUAAGCCUUAGUAACUUAGUCUGCUUAGUGCCAAUGCUAAAUAGAGCUCUGUAACUCCCCGUUGAGGCUCUUACACAUGUUAUCUGAUCGUGCAGGCUAGAAUUUGAGGCGUCUGUGACUGCCUAUUAUGGGACUGAAUGGGAGAUUCUUAAUUUCUAUCAGGCUUUGUGUUUGUUUAAAUUUUUAUGUUGUUCUUUGAUUCACAGUAGUUCUUAUACACCCAGGGACAUUUUUACUCUGUAAUUAUAUUGAAUGCAUAUGGGGUUGAUUGUGUUCGAAAUCGAGGAUCAAAAUUCCGCUGAAUGUCGAGAUAUAACUACUGAAUCGCUUAAGUAUGAACUUUCAAGUUUCAAAUUAGGUUCUGAUUUAAUCUAUGACCUGCGCACCGAGUUGAGACCUCUAGCAUUGCUCCAUAUUGUAUUGACGUUCGUCUACAGUGUCCCGUUCGAUUCGAACUCAUGCCGAUGAUAUGAACUUAGUCGUUCGUCAAUCUGUCUUACUUAUUUCAUCAGCAAUUAGCUGUUUAGCAUUAUUGUCAUAAUAAUAAUAAUAAUGAGAACUGUGGAA